AAGACAGCGACGUGUUCGGCACGCGGCUCGACCAUGUCGCCAGUCUCAGCUGGCUUUGGUGAGAGAUGAGCUCAAAGCUCAGCCCGCUCAAACCCCGCAGCACUGCUGGGAUUCUCCAGCCGACAUGGAGGCGACUCCGGAGCCCCUGUGGUCCUCCACGGCCGCCCUGUACGACGAGGACGAAGGCAACGACACCUCCAGCAACAUGUUCGAGCAGCCCGACUGGCAAGUGGCGCUGUGGGCCGUCGCCUACAGCCUAAUCGUGCUGGUGUCCGUCGUGGGCAACCUGACGGUCAUCUGGAUCAUCGUGGCGCACAAGCGCAUGAGGACGGUCACCAACUACUUCAUCGUCAACCUCGCCUUCUCCGACGCCUCCAUGGCCACUUUCAACACGGUCUUCAACUUCGUCUACGCCCUCCACAACGACUGGUACUUCGGAUUGGGAUACUGCAAGUUUCAGAACUUCUUCCCCAUCACGGCUGUGUUCUCCAGCAUCUACUCCAUGGCAGCGAUCGCCGUAGACAGAUACAUGGCCAUUAUCCACCCUCUAAAGUCAAGACUCUCCUCCACCACCACCAAAGUAGUGAUUGCCGUCAUCUGGGCUGUGGCUUUCUCCCUGGCCUUCCCUCAGUGUUUCUACUCCAGCACUAAAUUCUACUCUCAUCGCACUGUCUGCAUGGUGGAAUGGCCUGAUGACUACGGAGGGAAGCACCAGCUCUCGUACCAGAUUGCUGUCAUUAUCCUGAUCUACUUGCUCCCCCUGCUGGUGAUGCUGGUGACCUACAGUCUGGUGGGCCAGCGUCUGUGGGGCAGCAAAAUCCCUGGUGAAGCUUCAGACCACUAUCAGAACCAGAUACAGGCAAAGCGCAAGGUGGUGAAAAUGAUGAUAGUUGUGGUGAUGACCUUUGCUAUAUGCUGGCUACCCUAUCAUAUCUACUUCAUACUGGGCAGCUUCAAGAGGGACAUUUACAACCAGCAUUAUAUCCAGCAGGUCUACUUGGCCAUCUUCUGGUUGGCUAUGAGUUCCACCAUGUACAACCCCAUCAUAUACUGCUGUCUGAACCAAAGAUUCCGGUCAGGAUUCCGGCGAGCGUUCCGUUGGUGUCCACUCGUCAAGGUCUCUGAGGAGGACAACAUGGAGCUGCAGCGCAUGAGAACCUUCCGGACCACCCGCAGCUAUCGCACGGAGACCACUAGCAUGAUGUCCCGGAACCAUGCUAAUGCUCUGGAAGAUGCUGCGCCCAAGCUGAUCAAAUCCUAGGUUCACUUGAAUGAAGGUUCCAGAGAGUUCAGAGUGAGAGAGGGACCUCCUACAGCCUGGCACAGUCACAUCACCACCAAAUACCUCACUAAGGAGUUUGAACGCUGCUCCUGUUGAGUUUCACAGGGCUGUUGUUCAGCUGGAGUAGAAGGGUACUCCCAUGGCAUAAGCACCAAGUCUUAAUUGUCACUGUUCUUCGUUGUGGUUGGUUAUUUUAAGUGUGCCACCUGGUUUCGUCGAUCAUUAUGUGUGAAUAGGUGAAUUGUUCAAGCUGUAAAUACUGCCUCAAUGUGAAGUGGCAGCUCUCAUUAUAAAAAGCAACUGCUGAAGGGGUGAGACGUGCAGAUCCAGUAGAUCAAACACCUCUUAACAGUUUUUUUUAGCCAGGCAUCUGUGCCUCAGGUCAAGUAUUGCUAUAAAGCAAGACAAGGCCACUUAGUAUACAUACAUUUACUGUGGUGUUAGGUUGACAGUGUAAGGGAAAGAAGGAGAAGAAGGGAUUGUUAGAUGGAGAUAAAAAAUGCUCUUCUUAUAUAGUAUAUAACACCUGAAGGAACUGCUCAUGAAGGCCAAAACUCACUGCAAUUGUACAUACAGUGCUGUCUGCGAGUAGCUGAACAGUAUUUGAACAUUUGUGUUGUUCUAGUGUUGGACUUAAACACCUUGAAUUUGACAUUAAUCAACGACUGUGCAGAAUCCCAGCUUUAAUUUGAUCAUACGUUAUGUGCAUGGAUAUCGGCUGAACCAUGUAGGAAUUAAAGGCCUUUUUAUCCUUAGCCCAUUUUAGGAUAAAAUUACCUGGAUUGUUUCUUGGCCAGCUGUGUGUGCUUUCAUUAGUUCAUGCAGAAGAGAGCUAACAAAAGGUCUGGUUUUACAUAGGACAGUUUUAGCUGGAGUCAGUUACCACUGCCUCUCAGUUGAGACACAAAGAGAUGUUAGUGGUAGUAAAACAAGCCAUCCUGAAGCUGAAAUAAGCAGAAUAAAUCAAGCAGACAAAAUAUUAAAUGUGUCACUAUAUGAUUAUGAAGCUAGAACAUAUUGGUUUACUCAGCAAUAGCAAAAAAAAGUAGACCACAGUAAUGGAUGGCUGAAGAAUCAUGAGGAAACCUCAUUUCAGCUGUCGAGCAGAUCGAGAGUGCCUCUCAUAGAUGUGUCAAAGAACACCACAGAGCGAAGAACACACCAGCAGGACACAAGGGGUUUAUCACAACAUGCACACCAUCUAUGCCUUUAGAACAGAAAGGCCUGGUUACUGUUUGCUUGAGACAAAGUUAGAUGGACAGAUGGGGACUAACCUGUGUCAGAGUGAUGAAAUGAGGACAGUAUGGAAGAAAAAAAAGAAACAAUUCAUGAUUCAAAGUGAACUGCUUCAGCUGUGAAACAUGAUGUCUGGCUUCUUCAUUGAAGCUGAAUUCUGAACUGUACAGUGAGGCCCAUGAACAUGGUUCUCUCUAACCAAACUGUUUCUGUUUAAGACAGUAAGUUCUAUGUAGAACUAUUUCAGGUUAAAAGGGUUCUUUGCAUGGUGGAAUGGUUCUUCAGAUUGAUGGAGAAU